AUGUCUUCAGGCUUCGUGUCGGCCGGGACGAAUGAGGCGCCCAUAGAGCGAGACGAUGCCUGGCUGAAGGCACAGCAGGAGCUGGAGGAGGAGCGGCGGCGCAAGGUCGAGGCAAGCCAACAAGAGGGCGGGAAGAGCCUCUUUGAAGUGCUGCAGCAGAACAAAAGUGAGCGUUCCCCCGCACUGCAACCCACUGGGGCGCGCCUGCACACGCUCCGCGUCCGACCAGGCCCCGGGCAGGUCUCGAUGUGGACGGCCCGCUGGCUGCGAGGGGUGACCGUGUUUCGAGCAGUGGCGAAGCAGGAACAAUUUGAGGAGAAAAUGCGGCUGAAGAACCAGUUCCGCGCACUGGACGAGGACGAGGUUGAUUUUCUCGACUCCGUGCUCGAGUCCACCCGCGCGCAGGAGGAGGCAGUGAAGAGGGAUACGGCGGACCAGCUGGAGGCCUUUCGCAAGCAGCGCGAGGAGGCAGAGAAGGCGCUGCUGGGGCCGACCUCGUCGGAGGUGACGCCUGCCGAGGAGGAGGAGUGGGCGAUUCAUGCGCGCAAGAGGAGGCGGGAGAAGGGCAAGGAUUUGCUUCAUCCGGGCAAGAAGCGCAAGGCUUCUGUGACGGGGGAGUCUGGGAAAUCGGCCGGUGCGACGAAAGAGCAUGAGGCGCGGAAGAUGAGCCAGCGUGGCGGCCCGGCUACGGCACAGACUGAUACAGAAGCUACCAAGCCAACGGCAGAUUCGGCAGAUAUUGAUACCUCAAGGCGCACGACGGCUGCAAAUGCCGCGAUGGGCCCAUCAAAAAGCCGGGCCACGUCAAGUAGGACGGCUAAGAUUACGGCAGAUACCACGCAAGCAGCUAAACCGGCGCCCGUUUCACUGGGGCUAGUGGGAUACGGAUCCGAAUCCGACUCCGCUUCAGAAUGA